AUGCUGGACGUCGUUGGGGACGCGGAAAUAGCGGAGGACAGUGGGAACGGCGGGGGGCUGCUGGUGGUUAUGCCUCGCGAGGAGCUGGUGGCGAAGGUCCUAUGCGCCGAGUCCGCGGCGCCGCCAUCGUUAGGACAGAAUCUUCUCGCUUGGACCCCGCCGGUCACCACACAGCUGCGAGCGCUCAUGGGCCGCGCCGUUCGCGACGUCGCUCGCGACCCCUACCUGGCUACACUGCACCUCGUGCUGACGCCCUUGGUUGGACUGCUCGUGGGGUCACUGUUCGGCGACUUGAGGCAUGACAAUGACCAGACCGCGGGGAUACAGGGCCGCCUGGGAGUGGUCUUCUUCCUCCUCCUCCUCCUCUCCUUCCUCUGCCUCACUUCCCUGGCCUCCUGGGUCCGCCAGAUGUCGCUCUUCCGGCACGAGCGCGAGUCCGGCGCCUACGGCGCCCUUGCCCACCUCGCCACCUCCUUCCUCGCCGACGCUCUCGUCUGCCGCGUCCUUCCCCCGGUCCUCCUGGCGGCCACAGUACGCCCCCUCGCCGGCCUUCGCUACGGCAGCCUGCCGGGCCUCUGCGCCGGGCUGGUCGUGUUCAACGUCGCGGUGGCGGCGGUGCUGGCGGCGUGCGGAGCGGGAGCGAGGUCGCCGCAGGAGGCGUUGGCGAUGGGGUGCCUGUUCGUGCUGUUCUCGGCGCUGUUGUCGGGGUUUCUGGUGGCGAGGGAUGACCUGCCCGGGGUCUGGGGGGGGCUGCUGUGGGCCUCGCCCAUCGCCCACGGCUUCGAAGCAUUGUUGAUCAACGAGUUUAGCGAGUACGGCGCACUGUUCACGCUGACGACCGUCAUCAGCGGAGUGACGGCGUCUGUAGGCCCUCUCACCGGCGACAGCAUCCUCAGCUGCUUCGGGUUCGAGAACGGGCGGUUCUCCAUGGACAUGGGCUUGCUGGCCGCCAUCGGGGGCGCGGGGCUGCUGUUGGCCUACGCCUUACUGAAGCGCGCGUGAGGGAGUAGUAGUGAGAGAUUCGCCGCAUUUUGUGGCUGGCUGGCUCGCUCGCUCGCCAACGUGCUCUUUCUCGUCCGAGAGAGAGUUUUUUUUGUCGGUCUUGUAAUGAUGGCAUGUUUGAAGGUUUAUUUGGGAAGGAAACCAGUCCACAGCGUUGCGCGUCGUGGGCCUUGUUGGUAUCCGGGCCGUGUGCAUCCGUUUGCAUGCCCAUAGACCGUGCGCGACAUUAUUGCGUGAAAUCGCGACGCCGGUGGAUCUGGCUUGUGGGGGGGGUAUGUCCAGAUGUCUUGUGUGCUUUGUAUGCCUAAGAAAAACAGGAUAGUUUCCCCUGUUGUGUCUCCUGCUGUGUCUCAGAAAAGUUGCAGGAUAGAAGAAUCAGCGAUGAAGUACAGUGGUUAUUACCUUUCUUUGCACUUAAAAAGUACAUCUAGUACUUUUUAAGUUAUGUUGGUCGCGAGAUGUAUGAAGUAGUGCGGGCUCACAAUUUCGUUUUUUUUUUCGAAUGCCAUUCGUCAGCCAAUUAGCGCGCACACACGUUGUGCUUUUGUAGCACGGUUGGUUGUUAAUUUUCAGUCUUGCGUUUGUGUCCCUCUCCUCUUGAGACGCGACAAGCUUUCCCGCAUUCCUUCUCUCAACUUACCUACGCCGGGGGAGCAAGCAUUGCGCCACAGCGUUCAGUCCUCGUAUCAACGCGUUGUUGGUUCGGUAUUUAGAGACUCCUGUACUAGGUGAUGUCCAACGGUGGCCUGGUUGGGUCUUACUCUUCUGGUCCUAGUCCAAGGGAGAUGGGAAAAUAUUUUUGUAGUUUUGUCCAGGGGGACCGAGUUUUCGUUCUGCGUCAAGCGCUACCGGUUAAGUUGCUUGCUAGGUGGUCGAUUGGAUUGUGUCGGCGCAUGGCAAUGUAGCGUUUGAGUUAAGGGCCGAGUGGAUUUCCCCUUGGGGAGGUAUUCGGGGGGUAAAUUAGAGCGUAUGAUUGGUGUAUGUACGAUGAGCUUAUUAACGUUUUCAGUGCAGAAGGUGGAAUAUUUGUAGGAGUUUCCCUGGAAGUGAAUCGAUGUUAUGAAGAAGAAACCGUCGUAUGAUACCCGUGUUCAUCUAGUGCGUGUGAAUUCCUCGUGAAAACACUCGUGAUUAGCUCGGUACCGCAGGUUUAUCGAACCGCAGCGGUGUAGGUGACAAACUCAAAACGUGGACUGCUGGCGUAAUUUGCUGUUGGCUGACUUGUCUUUCUCAGGCCUCAUGCAAGGCAUGGGCACCUUGAAGUUCUGCUGUUGGCAGAUUACGGGUCCGUCUACAGUGGGGUACAGCAGUGUUGGCCCCGGUGUAGCGAUACCAAGUGUCAGGAGGGGGCGUGGUGGUGGUCGCAGUUGUCGGCGUAGCGGCUAGCACUCGCAGUCGGGGUGCCAUGCGAUUUCGUGGUUGCUAUUCGGGGCAUGUCGCUGAACCGGGCCCACAAUGGUACAGCAGUAGCAUGUCUUGUAGUUUUCUUGUGGAAGAAAAUACUUAGCAACAAGACUUGUGCGGAUGUUCCCGCAGGGACACGUUGUUUUCGGCUAUGCAUAGGUGGGCGCGCGUGGUCUGCGUGACCGCCAUGCCAGCGUCGGCCACAUGUAGAUACAUUUCGACAUGGAUCGGUUAUACAUUUGCACGUUUGUCCUUUGCUAUUUUGUUGCCCAGUACCUCGCCGCAAGCAAGGUGUGCAGAACUCCCACGGUAGUCUGAGGCCGAGUCUUGCGUCGUGAUUAUUUCGGAGAUUUUUUUUUUGCUCUCGGUCGAGGGGGUGGUCUGCAAGGGAAAAGUUAUCUGGAUCCAACCAACCUUCUUGUACGGUUCCUCGAGACAGAUAUU